AUGAAUCGUGGAGGUAACCUUUCACUGGAAAUUAGGACCGAGACCGAGCAGAUGUUUUACCACGGGUUUGAGAACUACCUCGAACAUGCCUUCCCUGAAGACGAACUAAGGCCUCUCUCAUGUGAGCCUCUUGUCCGUGACAGACAGAACCCUGGACACGCCGAACUUAAUGACGUCCUGGGGAAUUACUCCCUGACCCUAAUCGAUAGCUUGUCAACUCUGGCAAUCUUGGCAUCAAGCCCUGAUGAUGGCCCCAAAGCAUGGCAAUACUUCCAGGACGGUAUAAAAGAUUUUGUCAGGCUCUACGGGGAUGGAUCGGAUAGUGUCACAGGCCAAGGCGAGCGUAGUCGCGGUUUCGACAUUGAUAGUAAGGUCCAAGUUUUUGAGACGGUCAUUCGAGGACUGGGUGGGCUGCUAAGUUCGCAUCUCUUUGCUGUCGGUGAUCUUCCCAUUACUCGUUAUAGUCCCCCGGAGAAGGAGGCGGCGUAUGCGAAAGCCUGGGAUAAGACGUCCUUUGCCGCCGAUAGUCGGGGAAUCGCCUGGGAUAAUGGGUUUGUGUACGAUGGUCAACUGCUCCGACUUGCUGUUGACCUAGCGAAUCGCAUCCUACCGGCUUUUUAUACCCAUACAGGUCUACCUUAUCCGCGGGUGAAUCUCCGUCACGGAGUGCACCAGCAGCCUUUUUACGCCAAUUCACCGUUGAAUGCGGAUACUGUACGUGUUUGCGAUGAUAAAAAUGGUAAUGUCUGUGAUGCGUCAUCAGCGGAGGUCACGGAGACAUGCAGCGCAGGCGCAGGCAGCCUUGUCCUGGAAUUUACUCUCUUGAGCAGACUCACUGGUGAUGGUCGGUACGAAGAACUGGCGAAAAGAGCUUUUUGGGCUGUGUGGUAUAGGAGGAGCGAUAUUGGAUUAAUUGGCGCGGGCAUCGACGCUGAGUCUGGCAAAUGGGUUGCACCCUUCACUGGUAUUGGCGCCGGGGUUGAUAGUUUUUUUGAAUAUGCGUUCAAGUCGUAUGUUCUGCUUUCAUCUGGGGAGCGGCCCGAGCAUAACCGCAGCAGCCCGUGGCACGCUCUGGACGACUACUUCCUCCCACUUAGCGAGUACGAGCAUUCUCCGGAAGCAUUUUUGCAAGUUUGGGAGGAGUCGCACUCGUCGAUCAAGCGUCAUCUUUACCGAGGGGAGGGGUAUCAACACCCGCACUUAAUUCAAGGCGACAUUUUCACCGGCGCUACACGAGCCUUUUGGAUUGAUAGCCUGAGCGCCUUCUACCCAGGACUCCUUUCAUUGGCAGGAGAUUUGGAUGAGGCUAUAGGGAUCCAUCUGCUUACGACAGCUGUGUGGAACCGUUUCUCUGGACUUCCUGAAAGAUGGAAUGUGGCCACAGGAAACGUUGAGGGUAAUCUUGGAUGGUACGGCGGCCGGCCAGAGUUCAUUGAGUCAACUUACUACCUCUAUCAAGCCACAAAAGACCCUUGGUAUCUGCACGUUGGUGAAAUGGUGUUGCGGGACCUCAAAAGACGCUGCUGGACAAGAUGCGGCUGGGCAGGGCUCCAGGACGUCCGUAACGGAGAAUUGAGUGACCGCAUGGAGAGCUUCUUUCUCGGAGAGACAGCCAAGUACAUGUUUUUGCUGUAUUAUCCGGAACAUCCCUUGAACCACCUGGAUCAGCCGUUCGUUUUCACGACCGAAGCGCAUCCACUACUUAUCCCAAAGAGUAUAUAUUCGACGCAGCGCUCAAGCCGGCGCAAAAAGAAGGAGCAUGGAGAGAAGCAUUCAGCUGCACCUACUUGCCAAGCCGCGCCUUUGCCUCCAGCCUUUGGGUUGUCGUCAACAGCUGCUCGCCCCGACGUUUUUCACGCCGCAAACCUGGCUCGUCUCGACUUGAUGCCGAGUCGGGGGCCACCAGAAGGGCCUUUGGAAAAACCUGCAAAGGAUCGUCCCGGGGUUACAAUUGCAGAUCUAACUUCCCCAACCAAUUAUACGUUCUUUCCUUGGACCUUACCGCCGGAAUUGGUACCUUUCAACGCGACGAGCUCGCUCAUGGCCAUUCGUCCAACUCUAGAUAUAUCGUUUCCAGCCGUACCCGGAAUGGCUCAUGGGCCAGGUUCGCUGGAACGCGUUCAGGACGGUAUCCUUGUCAAAAGUAUUGGCGGUCUGCGGAUGAGUAUGAUCAAGGACGCAUUGUCUUAUAGCGCUGAAGGAAGUGAAUUCAGAGUGCAGAUGAUCAACGGCGUACCCCUAGGGAAAGAUGAGAAGGUAUACCUCUUGUGGGAGAUCACAUUUGAUGUCCUGGACCCUGGGGAUCCGAACUUCACACGAGUUCGCGAUCCCGCGAUGAUUGACUUGAUCAUUGACAUUAUCCCAGAAAAUCUCGGCCGCCGAAAUGAUUCUGAUGAUGGUCGAGAGCCUGCUGCAUCCGGAACUGGAGCCCACCAGCGAAUCAUCAAUGCCAAUGCACCGGUAGACGAUGACAAAGCCGCAGCACCGGUAGACGCAUCUACCUCGAGCAUGAGGAACGUUUUAUCAUCGCUGGUUAACUCGGUCGCGUCAAUGCUUCAAGAUGAGGUAAACCAAAUUUACACACCGGCACCCUCUGUUUCAAAGCCUCGCCCGACCCGUCUUCCUAUUCCCGCUGCCGUGUCGACCGGGUUAGGGUCGGGUCCUCUGCCCGAUGUGGACGACUCACCACUCGUGUCAAUUAACGGUGGGACAUCGCAAGUCCGACUUCCCUGGUCUGACAUCUACAUGGCCGACGACCUCUGCAAUCAACGCAUCCUCCGAAGCGUCGCGCAGACUUAUCAAGUACUCGUGAUCAAGCGCAGGGGGUGCACAUUCUCACAGAAACUCCGAAAUAUUGCAGCGCACCCACCGUCAAAAAAUGCACUGAAGCUCGUCAUCGUUGUCUCGUACGAUGAAGAAGAACAUAUUGACGGCCAGAACCUGGGUCUGGGAUACGCAGCAAGGCUUGCAGAACCGUACCUUGUGCGCCCGCAGCUAGACGAAAGACAGGUGACGGCUGGUGGAAUCCCGCGACGGCAUCUGCUCAGCAUGGUGCUCGUUGGAGGCGGAGACGAGACCGUUCAUCCGAACCAUGCUGGUUCCGCAUCUCCCAGGAGUAUUAAUAUCGGAACCAAAGAUCACACUCUUGAGUUCGCCAUCGUCGGACUCCACUCUCUGUUCUCCACCCUCAGUAUCUUUAGACCAUUUGUUCCCCUCUCGAUAUCGUCAGGAACACACCCUUCUUCACGGAUCAGCUUCAACUGGCACAUCAAAAACCAGGAUGGUUUAAUUCCCCAAACUAUCCCGACCACGGCAACAACAGCCAUCAACCCCUCAUCCGCACAGCAUACCCCUCCCGAUACAGCACCCAAGAACGCUCCAAAACACCUCUACUUCGCCUACGGCUCCAAUCUCUCUCCCACGCAGAUGCGCAUGCGCUGUGUUCACAACCCCACGCUCUCAGGGCACCCCGUCGCCCUGGCAGCCCUAGACUCCUGGCGCUGGCUAAUUUGUCAACCGGGGUACGCGAAUGUUGUGCCUCCCGCGGGGCUGCGCGUGGGACCACAAAUCACUGAGGGCGACAACGUGCCGGAGUCGAUCUCGAAGUCUAUACCCCGUGGAGGAGUUUACGGGGUUUUGUACGAGAUGAGUGCAGAGGAUGAGACGGUGUUGGAUAGGUAUGAAGGGGUGCAUUGUUUAGCGGGGGAAUCCACGGAAGAACAAAAGGUUCCGCUGGAGAUUAGGCCGAAAGAGCAGGAGGCUGGGGAUUAUAAUAAGUGGUAUGUUGACGCGAGAGUUGUGAAGUGGUUAGAUGAGGGGUAUAGGGAGCGAAAAGGGUUGCAGGGAGUUGGCGGGAAGGUCAGGGUGUUGGUAUAUGUUGAUGAGUUGCGGGUGAAGGUCGGAAAGCCGAAAGAGGAGUAUAUCCCCCGAAUGAAUAGGGCGAUUGGAGAGGCUGUACAACUUGGGUUUCCAAGGGAUUGGGCGGAGGAGGUUAUGAGACCUUCUAUUCCGUUGGAGUAG